AUGACCACGGCCACCCAGAGAACGUGGUGCUCGCAUCAUUGCUACUAUCAGCGGAAAAAACGGCCUGCUGCUGGCUCUACUCUUCGUAAGCCUGGAGCCCACUGCAACAACCACCACACGCAAAAACGCCAACGAAUGCUGCGGCGGCUGCUGCCUUUGAUACUUCUGGGCUUCAUGCCAGCACCGCCCCGGCCAAUGUCGCAUUUUGGAGCAAAUGCACAAGGUCUGGCCCCGAAACCACCACUGCCCCCUCCCCCACCUCCCCUGACACCCUUAAUGACCAACAUCGCCAUCGGAAAAAGGAUAUACGCCGCAUCCCAGCUAUCCAAUCAAUACGCCGCCAUAAAUGCUAAUGAUGGCAUUAUCCCCCCAGAUGGCAGCAAUAGCAGCACUUACAUCAGCGCUCCCAGCAACAGCACAAGCCAAUGGCUAUCCAUCGACUUUGGGGAAGCGGUAACCAUCGGCAGUGUCGCCAUCUACUUCGGCAGAGGUUGCUGCUUUGGACAGCCGUCGGACUAUGAAUUCAGACUGGGCGGUAGGGCCAUCGACCUCACGGUCAGCGAUUUGUCAUAUCCCGGAAGCCUUAAUGCCGUUAUCUACAAUUUAACCUACGGAGCGUCUGCUGCUGCUUCUGGCAGCAGCGAAGACAGCAGAGUGGGCGGUUUCUCCAUCAACCCGCUUAGAACGGGGCGCGUCUUCUCAAUAGAGAGGUUACUUACAAGUGCGACCGUUCCUGACAGCCUGUUAGCAGUGUCCGAGCUGCAAGUGUUUGGUACACCAGCAGGCGGCAAGCAGCCAACCAAGGGGGGCGAGCAAGCAACAGGGGGUGGCCAGCGGGGGAACAGGGGCGGGCGGAGCCAACGCCUGGGAAGGGGCGCCAAGCUCGCGGCUUUGCUACAGAGACAGCGUGGGGGGUCUAACAGGAAUCAGACCAAGUGA